AUGGAUUAUCUUGAUGAGAUAGUUGAAAACUCUAACACAUGGGCUGGACCUAGCCCUAUGGACUCCACUGAUAGGACUAGAACUAACACUACCACUUCUAGUGGAAGUGUUUUUAAGUUGAAGGAAGAUGAUAACAUGAGUGCAAAAAUCAGCAUGUUAACUAAAGAAAUAGAGACACUCAAAAUGAAAGGAAAAGAACAAGUACAUGCAUUUAAUUCAUAUUGGCCAAAUAAUUCUUCAUAUUCUAACAAUUAUAACCCAAAUAUUCGAAAUCAUCCGUAUUUGAGUUAUGAAAAUGUGUUGAAUCCUCCUGCUCCAAGGAAUUUUAAUUCACCACAUGCAUCAUUAUCAUCUAGACCUUCCUUGGAGGAUGCACUUAGUACUUUCAUUGAAAGGCAAAGUGAGCAAAAUCAAAAGUUUGAAUCCAUGCUCACUAGGCUAGAUGAAGAGGUAAGAGAGAUCAAGAGUCAUAUAACUAGGCUUACAAAUUCAUUGAGUGGGAUAGAGAGAGGGAAGCUUCCUUCCCAAACUCAACCCAAUCCCAUAAAUCAAAAUCUAAAAAUUGGCUCUAAGGAUAAACAUGAGGAAGUAAAAGCUGUGACUAUUUUGAGGAGUGGUAAAGAGAUUGAUAAAAGUUCUCCUUUAGUAACUAAGAAAUCUAAGGAGACCCCGGUUGAAAAAGAGAAGGAUGAAACUGAGUCACUUGGAUUUGGUGAAAUUGAACAAUGCCCAAUCCCUCCACCAUUUCCACAAGCCUUAAAAUUACCUAGGAAAUUGGACAUCACAUCUAAGAUAUUAGAUCAUUUGCAUCAAGUCAAGAUAAAUUUGCCAUUAUUGCAUGUUAUCAAGCAAGUGCCUACAUAUGCCAAGGUAAUUAAGGACCUAUGCACCAUCAAGAAAAAGCAUCAUGUGAAGAAAACCGCAUUCCUAACGGAACAGGUAAGUGCAGUUAUCCAACAUAAGACGUCACCAAAGUAUAAGGAUCUGGGUUGUCCUAUGAUCUCUUGUACUAUUGGAGAUUACAUCAUGGAGCAUGUAUUGCUAGAUCUUGGGGCAAGUGUUAUUUUGAUCCCUUUCAGUGUAUAUCAAAAACUUGGACUUGGUGAGUUAAAACCUACUUCAAUAACUUUACAGUUGGUUGACCACUCUGUAAGGGAGCCGAGAGGGAUUGUUAAGGAUGUGUUGGUAAAAAUUGAACAAUUUUAUUAUCCUGUUAAUUUUAUUGUUCUAGAUUACCAACCUGUUUUACAUCCUAGUGUUCAUACCCCUAUUAUUUUGGGUAGACCUUUUUUUACCACAGCUAAUGCUUUAAUUAAUUGUAGGAAUGGAAGAAUGCAACUCACUUUUGGUUCCAUGACUUUGGAGCUAAACAUAUUUCAUGUGGCUAAACAACCACAUGAGGAUGAUGACUAUGCUUAUGUGAACCUUAUUGGGGCGGUGGUUCAAGAAGAGUUUAAUAAGAAUUGUUUUUCUGAUCCUCUUGAAACUCUUCUUAAUAAUUCUGUUAGUUCUUAUGAUUUAGAAUGUGAUAUUUGUGUUUCUGAAAAUUUUUCUUUGUUGGAUUCCUCAUAG